GUUAGCAAGCUGACCUGCUUUCACUAGGACGUUUUCCUCAUGUAUUUGUAGAUUCAAUACCUAUAAAUUCCAGUUCGCCCACUUCAUUCAUGUUUGUUUAAGAUCUUCAAAUCUCUGCAUUCAGAAAACUUGCUGAAAUCUCUGCCCUCAAAACCUAUAAAUCUCUGCCCUCAAAACCUAUAAAUCCCAAUUCGCUCAAUUCAUUCAUGUUUGUUUGAGAUCUCCAAAUCUCUGUACACAGAAUACUUAUUGAAAUCUCUGCAUUCAAAACCUAUAAACUCCAAUUCGCCCACUUCCAUUAGUUCAAAUUUGUACAAUGAUGAAAGAAAUCGAAAAUGGAGUAGAAGAGGAAGAGGAGGAGCCUCUGCCAUUGUGGGCUCUCAAUCAUGUGUCUCUGCUAUGCACAUCAGUGGUGGACUCAAUGGAAUUUUAUCAGAAAGUUUUGGGAUUUGUGCCCAUCAAAAGACCAGGGACCUUCAACUUUGGUGGAGCUUGGCUAUUCAACUAUGGCGUGGGUAUUCACUUGGUAGAAUCUAAAAAGCCUGACUUCCCUCCAAAGAAGGAGUUGAAUCCCAUUGACAAUCACAUAUCAUUUCAGUGUGAAGACAUGAGUAUUGUAGAGAGAAAACUGCAAAAGAUGAGCAUAAAAUAUAUCAAGAGAACAUUAGAGGAAGGAGGAGCUAUAAUAGAGCAGACGUUUUUCCAUGACCCAGAUGGCUUCAUGAUAGAGAUUUGCAACUGUGAAAGGCUAACUCUGGUACCUCUCUGCCAUUGUAGUAAAAUCAGACUUCCUUCUGAUUUGCACAAUCCUCCCAUCGCUUUAGAGAGUGCAGAAUGUGAUACUUGAAUCCAUACAAAAUAUACAUAUAUAUACAAAGAGUUCACAUUUAAGGGGUGAUUUAAGGAGCUCUUCUUUUGGUUUGAUAUGGGUGGGGCACAAUUAAUGCUUAGCUGCUUUGGGCAUUUCACUGUCAUUCUCCACUUGGGGUGAAGAUUGUAAGCUGGUGUUUGAGGUCAAUGCAUAAAAAAACAAUUUAUUUGAGCACUUUGGAUCUAUACAAUGAAAUACAGAAAAUUUGUCUUUAAAUUCUGUAAGAUGAGUUGGCAGAUGAUCUAAAUCCAAGGUAUACAACGCAUGUUGAACGUGAUGCAUUGAAUUUGGUAUAUAUGAGGUGCACAAAUUUUGUUAAUAUUUUGACAUUGGAUUUAA